UCUUUCCCGUGGAGGCAGCUGUGUGUGUGCAUGUGUGUGCAUGUGUGUGUGUGUGCAUGUGUGUGUGUGAGAGAGAGCCCUGUCCUGAUUGGCUGACACAGGUCCUCCCUCCCCCUUUUAAAAGCCUCCUUUCUCACCUGAGUUACAAAAUAGCCUCGACUCCUCAAGCGUUCACUUCUUCCAUAUCAAGAGCUUCUUCUCAUUUGGUUUUUCUGCGGAUUUUUCCAGCGAGUCUCACCAAAGACCAGGGCAACAUUUCAAGGAGCGCGACUUUAAAGGAGCCGAACAACAAAAGUGAGCAUCCUCCUCUCGCCAGCUGCGAUGCCGAGCGUUGUGGAUCGGAUGGAGCUGAGGAAAGUGUCGACGGAGGCCGACGACGACAGCACGGACAGUUUGGACGAUCGUUUCGCGGAGCCCAUCGAUGCGGAGAAGGCCACCAUCAACAGUCACUUCAUCGACGAGAACGAGGACGGCGAGAGCCAGAAGUUCCUGGGGAACGGCAUGAUGAAGAAGAAGAAGUACGAAGAGUACCACGAAGAAUAUCAUCCGGGACACACCUCCUUUGGCAUGUCCGUCUUCAACUUGAGCAACGCCAUCAUGGGCAGCGGCAUCCUGGGCCUCUCCUACGCCAUGGCCAACACCGGCAUCGUCCUCUUCACACUCCUCCUUAUCGGUGUUGCCGUCCUCUCCUUGUAUUCCGUACAUCUGCUUCUCAUGACGGCUAAAGAAGGAGGGUCUCUCAUCUAUGAAAAACUGGGAGAACGAGCGUUCGGCUGGCCUGGGAAAAUAGCAGCCUUUGGAUCCAUAAUAAUGCAAAAUAUUGGAGCCAUGUCCAGCUACCUCUUCAUCGUCAAGUACGAGCUGCCGGAAGUCAUCCGAGCCUUUUUGGGCUUGGAAGAAAUUACCGGAGAAUGGUACCUUAAUGGAAACUACCUGGUGAUUUUUGUGUCCAUGGGGAUCAUUCUACCCUUGUCGCUACUUAAAAAUCUGGGUUACUUGGGCUACACCAGCGGCUUUUCUCUGUCCUGCAUGGUCUUCUUCCUGGGAGUUUUGAUCUACAAGAAAACCCAGCUGCCGUGCCCGCUCCCCUUCCUGGACUCGCCCGCCGCCAACCUCAGCAUGAACGCCUCACAUAUGCCGGGCGCCUACGCCGCGCACAACCGCUCGGCGCAGAUGGACUUCUCGCGAGCCGACGUCUCCCCGGCCGUCACCCACGCCGCCCACGCCUCCACCAGUGUCCACUUUGAGCCGCACCCCGAGGACGAGGACGCCUGCACGCCCAAGUACUUUGUCUUCAACUCCCAGACGGCGUACACGGUGCCCAUCCUGGCCUUUGCCUUCGUGUGCCACCCCGAGGUGUUGCCCAUCUACAGCGAGCUGAAAGAUCGCAGCAGGAAGAAGAUGCAGAACGUGUCCAACCUGUCCAUCCUGGCCAUGCUGGUCAUGUACAUGAUGUCGGCGCUCUUCGGCUACCUCACCUUCUACGACAACGUGGAGGCGGAGCUUCUGCACACCUUCACCAAGGUGUACAAGUUUGACACGCUGCUGCUGAUGGUGCGCUUGGCGGUCCUCACCGCCGUCACGCUGACUGUUCCCAUCGUGCUCUUCCCUAUCCGCUCCUCCAUCACCACCUUGCUGUUCAGCGGGCGAGGGUUCAGCUGGGCUCGCCACAUGAUCAUCGCCGCCGCCAUCUUGGCCUUCAACAACAUGCUGGUCAUCUUCGUCCCCACCAUCCGGGACAUCUUCGGCUUCAUCGGUUCCUCGGCAGCCACCAUGCUCAUCUUCAUCCUCCCCGCGGCCUUUUACCUGCGCUUGGUGAAGAGUGUACCCAUGCGCUCGCCACAGAAGAUCGGGGCGGCCGUCUUCCUGGUGGUGGGAAUCGUCUUCAUGAUUGGCAGCUUGUCGCUCAUCGUGCUGGACUGGAUCCACAACCCGCCGGGCUCCAGCGGGGGGCACUAAGCGAGCGUCCUCCCUGACCCGCCCUGCAACAACAUCUGGAAGGAGGCCUCAGACACCGAGCAUGUGCCCCACAUGUUCUCCACUUCCGCCCACGGAAACGCCAUCACUGCUAUUUGCCCCACUCACCCGUCAGCGCGGGGGACAUUUGGGACAACACGGAGCACUUCCCAGCGUAGGACUCGCACAUGUACGCCGCUCCAUCUGCUGCUCUCUUCAAUGUGAAGGACUUGCCAAAGUCUGCAUGCACAUACCCAAACUCCAGUCCACCAUCCUCAAACUGUCCCACCCUGGACCAGGUGAAGAUGCUUCCAGUAUUAUCUGAACACCACCUGUACAUACUUACCUGUCUACUGAAAAGUGUUCAACCGCCUGCUCCACAAACCGAUCCUUUCCAGUAGAAGAAGGGAAUAUUUUCACACCAUGCAGAGGUCAAAGCAGCGUUUGGAGCUUCCUUUAAUUGGUGGUCGGGCCCAACUACGGGAAUAUUGUGCCUUUUUCACCCCUUGGCCCCUUAUCAUCGCAAAUAUUACAACAACACCGCCUUUCCUUUGUGCUGCACAAUGUUGUUAUUGACCCAUCUCCAAACCUUUGUGCUGAAAACUAUUAGAGUUGGAUGCUACUACAGGGUUUCCGUUAAAUGGAUUUAGCAAAAAUAAAGGCCUUAAAUAGCAUUCAAAUAAAAUGUAUGCGCUGAAAUUACACAUGCUUUUAGCAAAUAACUAGUCGGCCAUAAAAGGGCGGGCAGCAGUUAAAAUGUCUCUGGCGUGGCCGACAUAGCAACUUCAGCCGUCAACGUGACGCCACCACAACUGGCAGCUGCUGCUACCACCACAGAAAAAUAAAUACAAGUAAAUUGUCAGAUUAAUCAGCCUUGAGAGCCAAUUUUAGCUUUUUAACGACCGUAUUUUUCGGAGUAUAAGUCGCACCGGCCGAAAAUGCAUAAUAAAGAAGGAAAAAAACAUAUAUAAGUCGCAUUUUUUGGGGAAAUGUAUUUGAUAAAACCCAACACCAAGAAUAGACAUUUGAAAGGCAAUUUAAUCGCUAAAUCCCAUGAAAUCUUAUACGUCUAGUCUCUUACGUGAAUGAGAUAAAUGAUAUUAUUUGAUAUUUUACGCUAAUGUGUUAAUAAUUUCACACAUAAGUCGCUCCUGAGUAUAAAUCUGCCACUUAUAGUCCGAAAAAUACGGUACUCCAGUUUAUCAAUGUCACAUGUUUGCAAUUGUGUCUAUAAUGACAAUUGUAGGUUUUUGACAUCAUAUAUGAUAACUAUCUGCAUGGGCAUUAAAAAGCAUUGAAUUAGAUGUGCCGAUACCUGCAGAAACCCUGUAUUAACAAUGUGCAGUUUUUAUGUUAUUAAUGUGUUAUUAUUCAUGAACUGGUCAAAAUCUCCCCCAACUUGUCCCAAACCUUUGUAAUAGUUAGCCAAAAAAAAAUGUUGGCAGCACAGUUUUUCUGCUAUACAGAGUUUCCGCGGGUCAAUAAAUAGAAUUAAAAGUCGUUAAAGGUAUUUUGCAACAAUUAAGGCCUUUAAUGGCUUUAAAUGCGGGGAAAAAAUGUACCGUAUUUUUCAGAGUAUAAGUCACACCGGAGUAUAUGUCGCACCUGCCGCAAAUGCAUAAUAAAGAAGGAAAAAAACAUAUAUAAGUCGCAUUUUUGGGGGAAAUGUAUUUGAUAAAAGCCAACACCAAGAAUAGACAUUUGAAAGGCAAUUUAAAAUAAGGAAUAGUGAACAACAGGCUGAAUAAGUGUACGUUAUAUGAGGCAUAAAUAACCAACUGAGAAGGUGCCUGGUAUGUUAACGUAACAUAUUAUGGUAAGAGUCAUUGAAAUAACUAUAACAUAUAGAACAUGCCAUACGUUUACCAAACAAUCUGUCACUCCUAAUCGCUAAAUCCCAUGAAAUCUUAUACGUCUAGUCUCUUACGUGAAUGAGAUAAAUAAUAUUAUUUGAUAUUUUACGCUAAUGUUUUAAUAAUUUCACACAUAAGUCGCUCCUGAGUAUAAGUCUGCCACUUAUAGUCCGAAAAAUACGGUACUCCAGUUUAUCAAUGUCAAAUGUUUGCAAUUGUGUCUAUACUGACAAUUGUAGGUUUUUGACAUUAUAUAUGAUAACUAUCUGCAUGGGCAUUAAAAAGCAUUGAAUUAGAUAUGCCGAUACCUGCAGAAACCCUGUAUUAACAAUGUGCAGUUUUUAUGUUAUUAAUGUGUUAUUAUUCAUGAACUGGUCAAAAUCUCCCCCAACUUGUCCCAAACCUUUGUAAUAGUUAGCCAAAAAAAAUGUUGGCAGCACAGUUUUUCUGCUAUUACAGAGUUUCCGCGGGUCAAUAAAUAGCAUUAAAAGUCGUUAAAGGUAUUUUGCAACAAUUAAGGCUUUUAAUGGCUUUAAAUGCGGGGAAAAAAUGUACCGUAUUUUUCGGAGUAUAAGUCGCACCUGCCGAAAAUGCAUAAUAAAGAAGGAAAAAAACAUAUAUAAGUCGCAUUUUUGGGGGAAAUUUAUUUGAUAAAAGCCAACACCAAGAAUAGACAUUUGAAAGGCAAUUUCAAAUAAAUAAAGAAUAGUGAACAACAGGCUGAAUAAGUGUACGUUAUAUGAGGCAUAAAUAACCAACUGAGAAGGUGCCUGGUAUGUUAACGUAACAUAUUAUGGUAAGAGUCAUUCAAAUAACUAUAACAUAUAGAACAUGCUAUACGUUUACCAAACAAUCUGUCACUCUUAAUCGCUAAAUCCCAUGAAAUCUUAUACGUCUAGUCUCUUACGUGAAUGAGCUAAAUAAUAUUAUUUGAUAUUUUUACGCUAAUGUGUUAAUAAUUUCACACAUAAGUCGCUCCUGAGUAUAAGUCGCACCCUCGGCCAAACUAUGAAAAAAACUGCGACUUAUAGUCCGAAAAAUACGGUAUACGCUGAAAUCACACAUGCUAUUAGCUAAUAACAAAUUGGGGAUUAAAGGCAGGCAAUUUUAUCGACGUGACCAACAAAGCAACUUCAGCUGUUACCGUGACGCCACCACAACUGGCAGCUGCUGCUACCGCUACAGAAAAAAUAUAUGUAUAAAUUGUCAGAUUAAACAGUCUUGUUAUGCGCCAAUUGUAAACCACCAGAGAGUAACAGUUGAUGUAAACUUUUUUAACUCUAGUUUUCACGUUAUUAACGUGUUAUUAUUCAUAACCAUCCUCCCCGCAACGUUUGUGCUGCAAAUAUUUUUUGUCUAACUAUUACCGUUUUUAGGCAAUUACUGGGUUUUCUGUGAGUCAAUAAAAAGCAUUAAAAGUCGUUAAAAGUAAUUUUCAAAAAUUAAGAACUUUAAUUGAAUUAAAAAGCAUUAAAUUCGAGAAAAAAAAUUAUACGCUGAAAUCACACAUGCUAUUAGCUAAUAACAAAUUGGGGAUUAAAGGCAGGUGCCAAAUUUUAUCGACGUGACCAACAUAGCAACUUCAGCUGUCACCGUGACGCCACCACAACUGGCAGCUGAUACCACUAAAGAAAAUAUAUAUAUAUAUUGUCAAAAUAAACAGUCUUGUUGUGCGCCAAUUGUAAUCCACCAGAGAGUAACAGUUGAUGUAAACUUUUUAAACUAUAGUUUUUAUGUUAUUAAUGUGUUAUUAUUCAUAACCUGGUCAAAUUUUUAACUAUAGUUUUUAUGUUAUUAAUGUGUUGUUAUUCAUAACCUGGUCAAAUUUUUAACUAUAGUUUUUAUGUUAUUAACGUGUUAUUAUUCAUAACCAUCCGCCCCUGCAAACAUUUCUGUCAAACUCUUGUAGUUUUCAUGUUACGAAUGCGAAAACAUACAAACUGCAACCAAGGAACGUCGGUGUUAUUUUAACGUUUGCCAGGACAAAUGUGUGCCUUCUCCUCCAUCGAUGGGCCGCGAUUGUUUGGAUAGAACGGCCCUCCUCUUUUGGCCGCCAACAAGUCCGGCCAAAGUAGACGACAUUUUACGGAUCCUUUGCGGAUCUAAAUAGGCGAGGCAUGUAGAUAUUUCAAAUGAAAUAGUGUCUAUGUGCGUGUUUUUGUUGUUCUUUUUGUACAUGCUCUGUAAAUAAUGUGUAUUUUCUCCACUCUCUUCAGUGUUUAUGAACAUCAAGAUGUAUGAGGUGUUACUUGGUGUCUUGCUGUAUGACAGUCGUUUGCUUU